AAUUCAAUCAAUUCAUGCUUCUACCUGAAAAUAUCCGAAAUUACUUCUAGAUUCGGAUAUGUGGCUAUCAACUACUGUCGCACCGCCGGAUAUUUACAUAUUGGAAAUGUCAAAGUGGGCCGUUUUCUGAAUAUUCGUGAAAUGAUAACACUUCUACUUAACCAUGAGUAAGCCUGGUCAAAUUUCACUGCUCAGCUUUUUUAUUUUUAAUCCAACUUAUGGACCAAAGGAGGGUGAGGAGCACAAGAAGAUUAUGUAUUACUACCCAACAAAUGUGGAUAUUGACACAAAAAUAAAACAAGUUGGCCUUUGUGAAGCAAUAAUCACAUUCACACGGACAUUUUCAGAUAAGCCAUGUGAAACAUUACACACACAGAAAACUCGCCAGGUCUAUUUUCAGCCUGAAAAAGAUUUUUGGAUGGUUAUGACUGUGAGUGUGCCAUUCUCAGAGAAGACCAAGGAUGGUCAAGUGUCUUAUGAAUACCAUGAGGAGGAUGUGCAGGACCCUGUGAUGGAGGCCUUGCUCAGACAGUCAUAUAGGAUGUUCACUCUUUUCAAUGGUUCCAUAUACUACCUACUGCAGAAAUUUGACAACAAUGUUCAAACACUCCAAACAAGACUGGACCACUUUUUUUCCAGAUAUGUGCUCACACUGCGGCCAGUCAGUAGUGACUUACUGGACGUCUUCAGUGGGAUAUCAUUUCUACCCCUCGACAAAAAUACGUACCUCAAAGUGCAAUGCUUCAUCAACGUCUUGGAGUCGACCUUCCAACAGGUCAAAUAUACAGCAUUCCUCUAUAAUGAUCAAUUGGUGUGGUCGGGGCUGGAGCAGGACGACAUGCGAAUCAUGUACCGGUACCUGACCACUAGCCUGUUCCCAGCCUACCUUGAACAGGAGCUGCAGGCUGCAGGGAUGGCUCCCAGCCCAGGCACCAGGCAUGCCUCCACAUCAAACAUUGGCAGUGUACACUACGGCAAGUUUGUUACUGGUCCCCCAAACGUGGAUAACCCCAAGAACAUGGGUAAGAUCCCGCGCCUGUAUGUAAACACAGAGGAGGAGAAUGAGGAGUGUCUGCUGCUCGUGUACCGGGCCCUCACUGCCAGCGUCUGCCUCCUCAUCAAUUCUCAGCAUGUUGUGAAUUUUGAAAUGUGCACCAAACUGGACCAGUUCCUUGGCCAGCAGCUGUCCAAUCUUGCUUCUGAAAUAAGUGAACAGUAUUCUGCCAAGAGACCGGCUAGCAGUUCCAUGGAGCCGAUGUACAAGUACAUCUACUUCAAUCACAUGAACCUGGCCCAGAAGUCCACAGUCCAUGUGGACUCCAAGAAGUCCUCAGGCGUCUUUGUGUCCCAGGACACACUCAAGCUACUCUGUGAUAUCAGUUCUGACCUGCAGCGGAAUAAUCAAGAUGGGGAGACAUUUGUGCGCACGCUGACUGACUGCUGGGUGGUGGGGAAGAAAUCUGACCAGCGCGAGAUGGUGGUUGUGAUUAACCAAAAGAACCACAAUCUUAUUGAAGUCAAUGAUGAGGUUAAGAAGUUAUGCGGAUUAAACUUCAACAGUAUAUUCUUCCAGGACUGAGUUGCCUCCCUUGUUGUGUUGCCGCUUUCAAUGUGGUAUUCACUACUGAUUUCAAAGCGCGAAACUGAGUGUGGAAAAAAAUGAAAAAGCUUAAAUUAUUACAAAAUAAAUGUAUAUGUGAUGUUUUACAUUUUACUAAUUGUAAUGAACGAAUGGGAAGUGUUAAUGAGUACAAGUGACAUUAUAAUUACAUCAGAUAUAUACGAUUUCGAAAAACCAAGAGAAGUCAGAAAUGAAUGAUCAGUUACAAGAAGAUAUCACCAAAGCCUUGAUUAUAUAGCAUGACAUUCAUUUGAAGAUCAAGAUUGGAAUCUUCAUAAUAUAUAGUUUAAUCGCCUUUCAUCCCGAAUAUGCUACCAUUUUUACUGAUAGCGAGAUAUACAAACUAAUUAUUUUUGUUCAUAAAGCAAUUGUCUACUUAUCAGUUUUCAUAUAACCACUCAAAUAGAAUUGCACGUGGUAGGAUACACCGAAACCGAACUUAUGUGUCUUGUUCUGUGAAAAUUGGGCAAAAUGCAUGUGCGUAAAGUGUCGUCCCAGAUUAGCCUGUGCGGACUGCACAGGCUAAUCUGGGAUGACACUACGCACAUGCUUUAAGCCCAGUUUUCUCAGAACACGACUCAUAUAUCGCUGUAGUAACGGUAAUACUGUUACUCGUAUUGUGUAUGUAUGUUGCUUGUACACACGUCUGCUUAUUUAUUUCCAUGCGCACACAAGUUAUGUUGAAGUGAUAAAAAUAUGACGCAGUGCAAUAAACUCUUAAAAAUG